AUGGCUUCUAAUAAUAAAUUAUUCUAUCUUGAUGUUUCAAUACCUUUUACCAUAUAUGAUGAAUCUUUAAUGCCCUGGGCAGAUCUUUCUUCAAUUGUAGGUGCAAUAAACCGAACCAGUUCCUCAGCUUACAUUGAUAAGACCUCUAUUUUUUUUAUUGGCGGGUAUUAUUCUGUAAAUAGUCCUUCUAUUAAUAAAUUUGAUACCGCAACACAGCAAUGGAGUACACCUAGUAUUUCAGGAUCAAUACCUCUCUCAAGCAAUUUAAAAUAUGCUCCUUGUGUUAGCUUAGGAAAUAAAAUAUAUAUUUAUGGUGGGAAUGCAUCUCUAAGCGCCAUGAAUAAACUAAAUACUUCAAGCUUAUUAUGGUCUAUAUUAUCAUAUACAAUAACGUCUAGCAAAACUCAGGGCUAUAGUGCUACGUUAUUAAAUGAUUCAAUUUUAUAUAUUGGAGGUACUAAUCAACUCGCAUUCAAUGGUUGGAAUUGUCCAAACAAAACAUUUAAUUUAAUGAAAGAGGAUAUUUCUGAUGUUUCACUUAUUGCACUUGAUAUAUUGGCAUUUACUUGGUUGGUCCCUAAUAUUUCAAAUACUGGUGGCCCUCAACAGGUUUUGAGAUGGCAUAGUUCCACAAUGAUUGGUGCCUAUGUUCUUAUUGCAUUUGGAUAUUUGUUUCCAACUGUUGAUAUUCGUACUACUACUUCUGAUAUUUUUCUUCUUGAUGUAAGCCGCGUCGAUAAUUACAGAUGGGUUACAUCAUAUGAACCCGAUAAAACACUUCAACCCAUACCAUCUACAUUAUUUACUCAACCAACUACACCCCAAUAA